UAGUUGUUGUUGAAAGAAGAAAGAGUGUGAUGUUAUCUAUCUCCUUGUCCUUCUUCUCCCUCCUCAUCUUCUCUCCCCAUUCGGCAAACAUACAGCAUCCAAAAUCGAAUCUUUGUUUGAAACAUGGCUUCCUCCUCCUUCCUCUGCCCCGCAGCAUUUACCUUCUCACAGAAGCCACUUCAAUCCACUUUUCUUCAUUCCUCCUCUCUUCUCACUCUAAGCAUUCUUCCUAAGAAAUUGAGAAAACCCCACCAACUGAGAAGCCUCAUAGUGGCCAAAUCCAAUGGCAGUGACUCUGCUGAUGUUCCUGACCGUUUGAUUUCAGCACUUUGCUACUUUUACCCUUUCUUUGAUGGCAUACAGUAUGGAAAAUAUGUAAUCACACAGUUCUACCCUGUUCAAGCCAUUGUUCAACCAUUGGUUCCUGCAAUAAGAGUCUUCAAGAGCUUCCCUUUUAAUGGGUUCCUUGUGUUUUUGACCCUUUAUUUUGUUGUGGUGAGAAACCCCAAUUUCAGUAAGUAUGUGAGGUUCAACACUAUGCAAGCCGUUGUCCUUGAUGUGCUCUUGAUUUUCCCUGACCUCCUUGAAAGAGGGUUUAAUCCCAAAGAUGGGUUGGGAUUGGAUUUGAUUAUGAGUUUGGAUAGCACUGUGUUCUUGUUCCUCUUGGUGUGCUUGAUUUAUGGUUCUUCUUCUUGCUUGCUGGGUCAAAUCCCCAGAUUACCCAUUGUUGCCGAGGCAGCUGAUAGGCAAGUUCUUUGAAUCAACAAUCCGUUAUUGGUAAUUUAAUUGUAUAGCAAGCAACUUCAGCCUAGGUAGCGGAAAAGUUGCAUUUUCACUUCCUUAAUAGUUACUAUCUUAGAUAGUUUCUGCAAAACGGAUUUUACUUGUUUCUUACAUUGCUGGAUUCUAGUAUGUCUUUCUAAUUCAUGAUUGAAUUAUCGUAAGAUGAUCCGAAACUUCCCUUUCUCCAUUGUUGAUUGAAUUCAAUGGUAGAUCUCUCUGGAUUUACUGAAUGGUUAUGGAUUUGAGUUGUAAUGUUUCACACAUAGACAUAUUAAUUUCUUGUAUGUUUAACAAUCCUACAAUCAGUUAUCUUCUC